AUGAAAUUACUCUCACUCUCGUUUUUGGCCUGCGCGGCCGCCACAUUCGCCAAGGUUGUUGUGAACAUCCCGCCCAGCGAUCAACUACCCAAGAUAGCCAGGGUCGACAAACCAUAUACGUGGACUAUAUCCCCAAAGACGUUUACUUCCUCCAACGGCGAGCUCGAGGUCACCGCAAAAUCCUUACCUGGCUGGCUCAGCUUCGAUCCUAGUACUCGCACAUUCUCUGGAACGCCAGGCGCCGAUGACGAGGGCAAUCCGAAUAUUGUUCUCCUCGCUAAGGAUGGCUCCUCGUCAACUUCGGACGCGUUCACUAUCUGCGUUACGCCAUAUCCCCCGCCUACUCUGCGCACUCCCAUCUCUGAACAAUUCCGCGACGUCGCAGCUAAUUCUGCGUUAUCUUCUGUAUUCAGCCUGUCUCUGAAGUCUGCCUUAGCUACCUCAAAUCCCAACGUCAGAAUCCCGCCUUCUUGGUCUUUCAGCAUCGGUUUCCAGGAGACGACGUACGUGGCAGAAAACGCGUUCUUCUCUGAUGUUCUUGGCGUCGACGGUUCUCCCUUACCCUCUUGGAUGUGGUACAAUCGCAAGGCUAUGACUCUCAACGGCGUGACUCCCAAGGAAGCGAGCCUUCCGACUCCUUACACCUUGAACCUUGCCUUCUUUGCGUCCGACCAGGAAGGCUACUCCGCCCUAUCAACGCCAUUUGACAUCGUCGUUGCCCGUCACGAAUUAUCUCAAUCGGCGACUUCUCUUCCUACAAUGAAUUUCACCGCAGAUGCGUCAUUCUCAAUCAACUUGCAAUCCCCUUCGGACUUUAUGGGCCUACUAGUUGACGAUCAACCACUGCACCCUGGAAAUAUUUCGACAUUGGCAUUGGAUACCUCUUCGUGUCCCUGGCUCACAUACAAUGAAGUCAAUCGAUCGCUCAGUGGUACGCCGCCUAGUCAAGCACGCGAUUGCAAGCUCCCGGCAUCUGUCGCAACUACUUUCAACCAAACCAUACGGACUGAAGUAUCGAUAGCUGCUGUUCCUUCCUUCUUUAAAGCCUCGGCGCUUCCUCCUGUUCAGCUGAACGAAGACGGGUGUAUACACUUCAACUUGGCAGAGUUUUAUGCGAAGGAUGGCGAUGUCCAUGGUGAGGAUGCGGACGUCUCCAUGACCUGCGAUCCCUCAGCCCUCAGUAAUCAAUUCGGGUUUGACAAGGCCACGGGAGAAGUGUCCGGCUGUAUAUCCCGCGGCGCCAUCCAAGAUGUCAUGUCCUGCUCAUUUACUGCGUUUUCUCCUUUGACCCACUCCACUUCGCAUUCGACCUUGCCAAUUGCCCCACCGCCUUCUUUACACCACAAAGGCUCUGACAAUCUUCCUUCCCAGUUGUCGGCCGUCGCUCGCAAGAGGCUACACCUGGGGCUUGGUAUAACUUUCGGUAUGAUUGGUGGUAUGUGCUUGAUUGCAGCUGGCCUUGCCGCAUUCCGACACUGUGCUACUGUCCGCGAUUCCGCGCUCGACCUCGAGGCCAAUCAGAAAGCAUGGACUGAGAAAGAUAAGAAGUGGUACGGCAUCGAGAGCAUGAGGCGCAAGCCUUCGGACAACACAUCGGGCUACGGGAGUACUGAGGCUUUACCUCGAAACGGCCUCGACCUUCAGGAUAUUUUCCGGCCUCCGCCUGCUGUGGUUCGAGAUACACCUGGUUACGGCGAUUUAGGCCACGGUCCUGGUUUAAAACCACCUUCUGUUGCUGGAUCUAACGUCAUGAGCAAGCGCGAAUUCUUGACGAAGAUAAGAGACACCGUCCGGCAAGUUAGCGAUCAGUACCAAAGAAUUCUUCAAGGAGGCCCGGCUCGCCCCGUCAUCGGAAAGCCCAUCCUGACGACUCCUCCCGAGGCACACACCUCACCUGGGCCUAUGGACGAAUCCUUAAGCUAUACUCCAAGUGGAAUAGACUCCUCCCUCAACUCCCCCUCUUCGUCUAUUGCUGAUAGAUCGGUUCCUCGCCGCAGGGCUGAUUUUGCACCACCAAGGUCGCCUGACUCUGACGCCCUCUUGGAUGCCGGAGGAUCUCGCCCGGGCUCGUAUGGGUCAAGUGGUUCAUUGGCCUCGGCAGAGACGCACGCAGCCGAAGCUGUGGUGCAUACGGCGACCCGAGCAACGAGCAUACGCAGUGUCGGACUCGACACCCCUCAGCUCCCUCCAGCCACUCGGCCUCGCAUUGUACCCUUUACAAGCUCAACCCGUGUCCCGGUGCCGCGCAUCCCAACUGGAUCGGGUAAGGAAGGCGGAAAGAGCAGACGGAUUCCAAGUCAGAAAGCCCAGAUAGUCCACGAUACCGAGAAGAGUGGUAGCGGUGAUGACCUCAGCCUUGGGAUCCACUAUGUUCGUGCUUUGGGCGCCGAUCAGCGGACCGUCGGGACCAAUGCCUCUAUGCCAACGGUGUCCACGAAUGCCAGAUCCUCGUUCUCUUCACUCGAGUCAUCGCACUAUGACCAUUCUGGGCCAUCAAUGCAGAGAAUGCUCGUGCGAGCGGAGCAGAAAUUCCAUUUCAGAGUUCCCGUUUUCCUAGAGGAUUCACCUACCACGUAUCUGCAACCACGUAGUCUGACUGCGAGGCUCGCAUCAGGCCUCCCUCUGCCGAAGUUCUUGCGCGCUGAUUUAAGAGGGAAACAACAAGGAAGCAUCGAGUUCUACGGCACACCUGGACCGGAUGAUAUUGCCGAUUACGACGUUGAGAUCUACUCCGGAGAAGAUAAAUGUGUCGCACGAGUGGCUGUAGAGGUCGUCGCCAGAGGGUAA